GCCGCCGCGGCGGGAGGGUGGGCGUGGCCGCGCGGGCGUGGACCCCUCCCCCUCUCUCCGGGAGGACUGCGAGUCCGGCCACCCUCGGUUGUGCGGUGUUCGGUUCCCGCGACAGGUGGUCCAGUCCUCCUGGGACACCCUGUGAUCCCUGGGCAUGACUGCGCGGGAAAGGGGUCAGGUUGAUGGAGAAAUUGCGGUUGGGGAGUUUCCCAGGCUCAGUGCAACUGAAGGGGCUGGGAUGGAGGCAGGUAAGAGCCAGCGAACACAUCCUCCAGUGAGUCCGUGCCAGAAACUCAAGGCUAUUUCAGUAAAGCUCUUUGCAGCCAGCUCUCCCUCCCCCCCUCCCGUGUUUUCAAGUUUUACAUUUGAACAACUGACCAGUUUAUUGCUGGAAUUUUAAGCGUGCUCAAGAUCAUUCCAGAGUUCCCUUAAAGAUAGGUUCGUGCCCUAUAUAUCCAUGCAGUCUGGGCGUUGCACAUUAUAAUCAUUGCUUUGCGGAGCUGUGGGUCACUUCUCAUUUGAUCACAGAAACACUAAGGAGUCAUUCUUCCUUUCCAGUAAAUUAUUUAGGAAUCCGAACUCAAGCCCCGAAACCUUGCGACAAAAUUCUUUAAAAUUCAAGAGAUAAAAUGAAGACCAUGAAAAGUGUUUCUCGUUUCAAAAAUGCCUUAAUGGCCAAGGAUUUUUUUUUUUUAAACUCUAAAUGAAACUGGUCAUUUUAUAUUAAGAAAUCUGUUUGUUUCCUUGGCGUCACAUUUGCCGCUCUCUGCUAUUUCAGAGUAAUUGAUGAGAGCCCGUGUGUUAACAUACUAUAUAUAAACACCCGGUUUUCAAACUAAAUAUAGUACCAAGUAAUUUAGAACGCAAUAUCGUAUCUCAAGUGGAAAGCAGUGUACGUGUUUAAUGUACAACAGAAUUUGCUAGUAGCACAGAAUGGUUUUGAACUUAAUUUUGAACAUAAAACUUAGAUUUAUCGUUGUGUUUGUGUUGUGUUUAGAAGGAUGUGAUAUUUGAAAAGAAAGGGUGGCCAAAAUAAGGCACUGGUGGUGCUCGCCUUAACUCCAGCACUUGGAAGGCAGAGGCAGGUGGAUUUCUGAGUUCUGUAGCCAGCCUGGGCUACAGAAUGAGUUCCAGGACAGCCAGUGCUACACAGAGAAACUCUAUCUUGAAAGAGAGGGAGGAAGGGAGAGACUGACUUUAGCCAUUUCUUCCUGUGUUUAUUGCUCAGAUAUAUCCCCUUUUCUUAAAACUUUUCUGUAAAAGUGAGUAUUAGAAGCAGUAUUGUAAUUUGUAGUUACUUUUUACAACUAAAGUGAAGCAGCUUUUGCAAAACAAUUUCAGCAAGUUCUGAGAAUCUCGUAGCAUGGCCUCUGUAGUUAACAUGAAGAUAAGCACAAUUCUAGGUUGCAAAUGAAUAUCCCAAGUGAAUAUAAAUAAUAGCUGUGCUAUUGUUAUAAGUGCUGUGUUCACUGGGCUUUUGGGGGGACCUUUUUUGUUUUUUUGUCUUUCAAAGUCAAAUGUGAGAUUAACCUUCAUGUAGAGCAACAGGCCAUUAUAUAGUUGUUCAGUAGUAUAGAUACACUUUGCAGUAUAAUAUUUAUAUUCACUAAUAUAAAAACCAAGACAUGACUCUUUUGUACUUGAAAAUAUAUGACAGUGUCAUUUUGGUUACUUAAGUGGAACUGCCUGUAUUAACAAGGAACUGGAGCACAACUUGUAACUGGGAAGGUAGAAAGAGGAUUACAUUAAGAAUAAGCCAAUUAAAUGUAAUAUGUUUCUUUGGUUCCUGUUGUCAUGUUAAUGUUACAGAGUGAUAAGCCAUUCUUAAAUUUGUAUCUUUUAAUAGCUUUAUUUUCAUUUAGGAUUUAUUACAAGGUUUUCUUAUAUCACAGAUAGAGCCUAAUAUAAUUAAUACAAAGGCCCAUCAGAUGGUCAUUCUAUACUGUAAAAAGAGGGAUUUGGCUUGGUGUUUUUAAAAAAAAGAUUGAUCUAAUUUUAUAUAUUCAAAUGUAUUGUCUGUAUAUGUGUAUAUAUACAGUAUAAAUGUCGUGUGUUCAGAGAGGCCAGAAGAGGGCACUGCACUACCAGGAACUGGAAUUUCAGGCAAUUGCAAGCCUCUGUGUGGGUGCCUGAAAACCAAAGUUAAGUCCUCUGCAAGAACAGCAAGUGUUCUUAACCACUAAGCCAUCUCUACAAGCCCCAUAUCUAUUAAAAAGUAAUAAAAAGCCUAGGUAUCAAAGCUCAUUUCUUUUAAAUAAAGAUAUUUGUGUGUGUGUGUGUGUGUGUGUGUGUGUGUGUAUGUAUGUAUGUGUGUAGCGGACAGUACACAACCUUAAGUCAUUCCUUAGGCUCCUCUUUUUUUGAAACAGGAAUUCUCAAUGGCCUGAAAUUUGCAUAGUAUGCUUGGCAGACUGGCCAACACCCACCGAGACAGUCUCCAUCUCCUCUCAGCACUGGGGAUUCCAUGUGUGUGUGUGUGUGUUUGUGUGUUGUGCGCGCGCGCGUGCGUGUGUGGCGCACAUGUGCGUGGUGUGUUCAUGCAUAGCAUGUGUGUGCGAUCAGAGGGCAACUUUGUGAAGGCAGGUUCUCUCUUUCCACCCUCUGUGGUUCCCAGGAUUAAACUCAGGUCCUCCAGGCUUGAGUGAUCCAUCUUGCUGUCCCAGUUUUGGCUUCUUCAAUGAUCUUUACAGAGACCGUGCAUAUUGCCCGCACCAUGCACAUGCAAAUGCAUUAAAUUAUUGUUGUUAGUUUCAUACUGGGGGGGCCACCUAACAAUCUAAUUUGGACUCUGUAAGUAGUAUUUUUAUUUAAAGAUAUCUCCUUCCAUGACAUUUUUUAUUUUGCACUUAUAAAAUGCAGGAUGAAGACACUGUUUGAGGAGAUCAAAGCAUCAAUUAAAAAUAACUAUAACCAAGAUCGAUCAUGGAGGCCUGUCCUUCCUUGGGGAGGAGUUUUUACUAUCAAGGCUGGCCGCAAAGCAGUAUCCUGUACACCCCUCUAUGUUGAAAUCAGACUGAAAAAUACCUGCACCAUAGAUGGAUUCUUGAUGUUACUGUAUGUCAUUCUUAAUGAAAAUGAAAAUUUCCCCAGGGGAACUCUCUCUCUCCAUUUUGGCAGGGAAGUUUUGUAGACUGUUUUCUCUUAUUUAAUGGACACCUACAGUUUUACAACUGUGAAGCUGCUUUGGAUUUGGGACAAGAUGGAAAAACAGCCAUACAAAUCUGAAGUUCAUAAAGCUUCAUUAGUAAUUGAUUUGUUUGGGAAGGAGCAUGAUAAUUUUACAAAAAAUCUUGAAAAUCUCAUGUCUACCAUUCAAGAGAGUUACUGUUCUAACUGGCGCUGCCCGACCCGAGUGCAGGAAGAUCAGCAGCGCACAAUUAGUAUAAACCCUCCCCAAGAAAUCCCACAUGGAAAUGAUACGACUGGCUUGGACGAGUUAUUCUGUUCCAAGAUUGAACUUUGUGAAGAGCGUGGGUGUGGUGGCUUAAGAGAAUCCCAACGAGUUUUCUGCCACGGGGCACCCCCUUUUGUUGUACUAAAUAUGCAGCAUUGGAAACCUGAAGAUCUGGCAUAUGUACCCUAUUACUUGGAUUUAUCUGAUCACAAGUACGUAGUUUUUGUUUAUAUUUUGGCUGAAGGCGCCACUUUAUUUAAAGAGGAACAUCAUUAUUUCUGCAGCUUUCCAGAUUGAUGACAUUGGAUGCACUAUGAUGGCCUCAAGAAAUUGAAUUUAAUUUUGUUAAAUAACCCAGAGUUUCUUCCUCUGUCAUCAUUGGUUUAUAUUCGAGGCAACAGAGAAAUAAAUAUAGACUGAUGCUGAAUUAAAUUGUUUUCCCGCUUGCCCAUGCUCCCCCAGAUGAAGGGCUCUUGUUAUGUAUAUACUUGGUAUCCAAGGAAACAGUUCAACUAUACUAGUUUCAGAGAUGUAUUUUCAUUGUUUUGCCCAGGUAAAUGUUUUAUAUGGAAGAUCUAUGCAAAUGUAUUUUUAAUGUAUUUUUCUGGGUUAUUUUAUAUAAGCAUAUGUUCUGUCAAAUAAAAUAUAUCUUGUGGCCUUUGUAAUUUUUAUUUAUAUAUACCUCAACAGUUUUUACAGUUUUAUCCUUAAAUCCAAGAAAAUACUUUGUCAUUUCAAUUCUAUAUUUUCCUUUUUAGAUAUCGGGUAAAUUCCUAGGGUAAAAGUCAGAGUUGUGUUUAUCUGGCUGUAUUCCUUUGCCUUACCUCCAAAGUGCACUAUGGAUUUGAUAGUAUUUGAAUGUACGGCUUAUGGGAUGGCUUAUUUACCCAUUGCUUAGUUUGUUUUACCCUUUGCUAAUUUCCUUGUGGUAAUUUUAAAAAAUAUAUAGAAAUGUUUUGUAGAUGAAACCUUUUCUUUGUGGUAGUAAGUUGCUGAAAUGUGUGCCCCCCAGUGCAUUUCAAGCAUUAAGUUAGCCUCUGACUUAGGUUAAUGUGAGCAUUACAGAUAUAUAACAAUCCUAAAUGUCUUAUCGUUAAAUGUAAUGAAAAUUACACUAAGUUAUUUUGCAGACAAAGCAACUAUAAAAAAUAUUAGGCUGGAUAUUAGUGUUGGACUAACAUAGAAAUGUGUUUAUGUACUUAAGAGGAAAUGUUCAGUUUUUAUUAUCACAGAGGAAAAAAUACUUUAAAAAAAUUAAAGUAACAUCUGGUUCCUGAUCAUUCCAUCAGGAGGCUUGGGUUUGUGUAAUGCCACGGAUGCAAAUUCACAGUCUUUUCUAGUCAGCAGAAUACGUGUUUUGUUAUAAACAACUUAAAGUCACUCAUCUUUUUACAAUUUGAAGGGAAGCUAUUUUUAAGGAAGAAUACUUGACAAACUAUCACUAAUUUUAGUGUUUACAAUAAAAUAACAUUGUUUUUUAUAUUGAGUUAAGAUUGGGGCAGUAUAUCUGAAGACUUUACAUGACAACAGAGUUCACUGCCAAAUACCAAACUGCUAAGGUUUCAUUAUAAAUCUUGCAUUUCUGUGGUGCCGUGUUGAGAUAGUUGUCUGUAAGGAUGGUAAAUGUGGGUAAAACCUGCUAUCACUGUCUCACUUUGACUAAAUAUUAUGAAAAUUGUUUUUAAUAGAAGGAUAAGUGGCAUUUUAAAAAAAAUCACCCAGGGUUUAUUUAAAUAGUUCCCCCAACUACGGUAAAUGGGAUUUAACUUAUAGCAAGCUUUCCUAGUAAUGUAUUGCAUGAAUCAAACUAUAAAACUAGUGUCUGCGUACAUAAAUGGUAUGGUUACAUUAUUAAUGACUGAGGUAUUCUUAAUGCAGAUUCUUCAGGGAAUUGCACUUUAUUUGGGUCAUUAGUUUAUUGUACAAUGACUUACCUACCUCACAGGGCUGUUGUGAGGGUUAAGAUGUUAAAAGUUUUUGCUACUUUGAACAUGCUAAUAAAACAUAUUUCUACCUCUUUUGUGUA